CCGGCCCGGUCGGCUCUUAAAGGUGUCCAUGAUAAACCCAUAUAGAAAAAACAACAAACUCAUAAACCCUGAGUCCCGGCUUCUCCUUGCUACAGGCCGCACUCUCUGCUGCUCUCCACCAAGCAAAAUGGAAAAUAAACUCGCCACCGUGCCGGAAAAGAUUCUUGUCGAAAUUGUGAAAUUAGCACAAAAGCAAGGAAGGAAAGGUACUCAAGGUGGCUGGAAGGAGUUUCUAAACGUUUAUGAUAAGAAAAUCGGGUCUAGCUUAAGUGACCCGGCUAAGAGGACGCGUCCUACUUUAGUUUCUUUUCUACAAACCUUUACUCAUAAAUCAGACCUCAAGUUUGUGGAUUAUGUACUCCGGUUACAUUCAAAUCGUGAGGUGUUAGAUCAAAUUAGACAAGAAUCUCCUGAUAAUGAAUCACCUGAACAGAGGCUCGUUCGUUUAACAGUGGAACAUCCAUUUUACCUUUCAAAGUAUGCCUUCCCUUCCUAUGAUCAGGGUUGGGUCGUAACAAAACUCCCUAAAAAAUCCAAGUUGAUGAGUACAGAUUCAAUUAUUGCUAUUGAUUGUGAGAUGGUUCUUUGCGAGGAUGGUACCGAAGCUUUGGUGAGGGUGUGUGUUGUGGAUCGCAAUUUACAGGUCAAACUUGAUGAAAAAGUAAAUCCUUACAAACCAGUUGCAGAUUAUAGGACUGAGAUUACUGGUGUUACUGCUAGGGAUUUGGAUGGAGUGUCUUGUUCAUUAGCAGAUAUACAGAAAUUUAUGAAGAAGCUAUUACAGAAGGGAACUAUUUUAGUGGGCCACGGUUUAUAUAAUGACCUACAGGCACUGAAGCUAGAUCAUGCCAGAGUGGUUGACACCUCCUUUAUCUUCAGACGUUUAGACGGACGUCCACCAUCUUUAGAUACCUUAUGUAAGUCUGUGCUGGGCUUUGAACUUCGCAAAGGAGGUGCUCCACACAAUUGCAUGGACGAUGCAUCUGCUGCAAUGAAACUUUUUCUUGCCAAGAUUGAACGUGGAGUCGAUAAUGACAUUCCAGUGAAUCAUGAGCAUGUGUUAGAAAAUGAAUUGGCAAAGCUGCUUCUCCAUGGGAUACCAACUGAUGUCCAUAGUGAAGAAUUACAUAGAGUCUUUCCUGAGCAAUUUACAAUUGAACUCAAGCAGCCACCUAAGAAAGGUCGAGUACAAUAUUCUGCACUUGCUAUCUUUAAGGAUCCACAAGAGGCGCAUUGCGCGUUUGAUAAUUUGAACGGGAGAUUAGAGAAGGACAAAAAUGGACUGCUGCAGAAAAUGAUAACACUAAAACUCAAAACAGGAGCAACUGCUAAUCUAUAUGUUAGGAAAAUGGGACACGAUCAUUUCAUUCAUCAAGAUUUACAAAAAAAGAGAGCUUUUCAAGGUGAGGAUAUAGGUAACACUAAGAAACUAAAGAGAGAUGAUUGUGAUGAUCAUGUGAAAGAGAUUGAAAGAUUAAAGCAAGAACUGAAGGAAAAAGAUCUGAGCAAGUGUGAUGAUCACAUGAAAGAGAUUGAAAAACUAAAGCAGAAUCUAAGUUCAAAGGAGUUUCAAAUCUCUACACAGGAUAAGAUCAUAACUAAGCUCAAAAAAGAACUGGAAGAGAUGAAGUUGAAGAAAAGGUGAUGAGCCCUCAAAAGUUAUUUUGGAACACUAGCAUAGAGGGCUAGGUACUUGACCGAGCACAUACAGAGUGUUCAAGAUAUUACCAAUGCACAGAAAUGUUCGUGUAGAAGCUGAAACUUUGGAGGGGUGCGAUUAGAUUAUCUGCCCUUAAUGAUCGAGGUAAAUGAUUGGCCUUUAGUUUUGUUCCUUUCCUUCAUUAGAUUCUCAUGUAUUUGUAUCACAUUUAGUUCAUUACUAUUUAUAGCAUCACUUUUGAACAUGAAUUUUGCAGUGCUUUGAGGCAAUUAAAAUGAAUACCAGUAAGAGUAUUCAGUUUUGAACUUUUCAA